UCUGGGCGCAGGCCACUACUUCCGGUCUUCCCAGGCCAGGCGGCGCCAUGUUUCGCGGGCAGCGCGGGUGGUUCUGUGGCAGUGUCGGCCAGGACCUGAGACAGUUCUGGGUGGCGGAGGGAGGGACGGUCAGUGACCCGGCCGUCGCCGACUUCCUGUUCAGCUGUGACGCCUCGCACCCCGACACGCAGAGAAUUUAUCAGAGCCUUGAUUACAUAGAAGAUAACGCUACAGUUUUUCAUGCCUACUAUCUCUCUGCAGUAGCUAAUGCUGAAAUAAAAACCUCAGUGGCUUUAGGUCAUUUCAUUCUGCCUCCUGCUUGCCUGCAAAAAGACAUAAGAAGAAAAAUUGGUAGUUUUAUUUGGGAACGAGACGAACAAUUUCCGAUAGAAAAGCAUGAUGAAGUAACAUCAAAUGAGAUAAAUGCCGUUAGGGAAGACAGUGAACUAGCCACAGAGAAUGAGAAGGAAUUGUCCAGAAGCACAGAAGACAAUUCUUCAAGGGCUCCAGUUACAGAAAAGCAGAUGUACUUCCCUCUUCAGGAUUAUCCAGUGAACAACAUGCUCACAGGUUACAUAUCAAUUGACGCCAUGGAGAAGUUCCUCGGGGAGUUGCAUGACUUCGUUCCCGGAAGCUCAGGCUACCGGGCGUAUCACGUUCAGGAUGAAAUCAGUAUGUCCGCUAUAAAAAGCAGAUUGAAAAGGAAAUGUUAGGUUAAACUGGGCAUUUAUUUCUGUAAAAUGUUACCAGAGAGAUGCAUACACUGCAUGGGGUAGAGAAGUGGAGGGAUCUCUCUCUCUCAGCGCGUGCCUGUGGAACACUCAGAAUCGUUUUGUCUCUGGGUUUUGACAUUCGUCCUGGCCCUUUCCCCACCGUGUAACACGGUGACAAAUUCUGAGCGGACAGAUUGUCACUGAGACAUAGUCUGUGAGCGCCCCCUCUCCCGUUAACAUUCUGUUUUUUCUAGGUUCAAUGCUAUGAAUGCAAGGUUUUACGAUUCUGAUCGUUUUAUUUUGAUUUCAAAAGUUAGAAUGCUAUAGUUGAGUUCUGCAUUUCUGUGCCUGACUCGAUAUGUGUGGAGUAAAACAUCUUGAUAAUUCAUUCUUCGCGUGUGGCUGGUUUCUGACGCUGAGAGCCUCGGAAGUGACUCGGUGCAGACAGCUCUUCGUUAGUCCUCUGAGAUGGACCCGAAAGGCGCCUUAGACCACUGCGCCGAACAGGGCAGGGCUUAGCGAACACGGAGGUGAACAAAUCUACUGUGUCCACGAGGAGAUAAACACGCUGUCACCCGUCAGGUGUGCCGUGUCUCUGGCGAUGAGGUCUCCCUGUGGUGCCCAGGCUGGCCCUCGUCUCCCAAGUAUCGGGAACGAUGGGCACACGCCACUGCGCCCAGCUUUCUGAUGUCCUGGCGUCUCGAUGUGGUGAUUUCACGUCGUCACUCACGUGGUCAUGCUUUGUAGAGUCUCGUGGGCUUAUUACAUUUGGGAGACGCACACAACCUGGUUUGCAAAGCCAUCCUCUUGUUAGAAUUGCUGUUCCUUCUGGAAGCACGCAGUGGCUGUGGACUACAGGAAAGGCGCACUUUCAUCAGUGCUGGGUGACGUGGACAUCUCGGGACGCUCGCCCUGACAUUUCUUGCGUGACUCAAAUUUAAUAAUACAGAAUUGUGGGCCCGGGGCAUACUCCGCCUUCUCCCUCUGGCCAG